AUGCGAUCUGAACUCUAUCUUGAUGAUAUGCUACGUCGUCAAACAGUCACUACACAACAAAUUCAGGCUCUGGGUUACUGUCAACGGCCGGAAUAUCGUCAUUUUAAAGAUAUUCCGAAUCUGCCAUCGAUCGCAGCAACUGCCGUCACAGUAUCCGGUAUUGCGAGACCGCACCCAGAAUAUGGCGUACCAAGCUUUCAGAUCGCGAAUUCUGCCGAACCAAAUAUUCACCAAGGUCCCCUGUACACGUUUAAUGAGAAUAACCUAAUCUAUUUUAAUAAUAAUAACAUUUUGUUGAGUAACUCAAUACGGCGAUAUCCCGAACAGAUAUUUUCUGAAGUGAAGAACCUUCAAAAUCCAAGCAAAGAUUGUGAAGAGCUGUUCCCCACGUUUCUCUUGGCGCAUGACGCACACUCCUUGUCAUCCUCAACUAAUUUGUUUGGCGUGACCUACGCCUCCGACACGCGCCGGCAGUUCAUAGAUGAUAGAGAGCAAGGGGUGGUCCCCCUUGGUCGGAGUACAAACGCGGUAACGGUGGCCUGGGGUGAAAACGUCCAAGCCCUACCCGCAUCCACGCGAUCGCCUAAGGAGAACCAGCACCUUGGUCAGGCAUCCAAUUCGAUCUACAGCGAUACUAACCUUUUUGUGCGAUUUUUAUCACAUUCAAUGGAUGAAGAUCAACUAGUCAAACUUUUCAAGCCCUACGGCAAGAUCGAGUCACGCGGAAUUAAACGCAACAUUCGUACUGGUGAAAACAUGGGCAUGGGUUUUGUACGCUUUGAAACCCAUGAGCAAGCUAAGAAAGCCAUGAACGCCAUGAAUAACCCUCGAAAGCCUGGCGCGCGCCAUAAUAUGAUCGUGCAAUGGGCAAAGCGAGAGCAUGACAAUGUGCCCACCUGCAAAGACAGGCUGCGCAUGCGUAAGCUCUUUGUGCGAAACAUCCCACUAGACAUCACCGUCACCAUGCUCGAAAAUCUCUUUCUGCCUUAUGGGGUGCUCGAAAGUGUUACUCUGCAUCGGGAUACGAGCGCGGCGGGGCAGUACGCCUCGAAUAAAGAGGAGCGCCGCAUCGCAUUUGUCACCUUUAAAUCAGAUGGGGUGGCCCAGAAGGCCUCCGAAGCGAUCCACAAUACCUAUCCUUUCCCGUCCUGUGAUCGGAUUCCGCUCAUGAUCAAGCUCGCGGAGGAUAACCCCACACGGCUGCAGAAGCACAACAGCCACACCGUUUCACCCACUAAUGAAUGGUUGUCGAAAAAAACUAACGUGGUCCCCAUACCGUUAACCAAAGGGACAGGGGGAGGAGGGGGGCCUCCGUGUGAAGGGGGGGAGAGCACCACCGCAUUUGCCUUCACCCCCCCGGGUGGCCUAUACGGCCCACCGAAGAUCAACCUCGCUGAGCCUACGAAAAACUCCCCCAACGUCAUGCCGAACGGUGGAAUGAACAGCCCCUUGCCCAAUCCGGAGCUCACCUUCGAGACCGGGGAUGGCGCCUGCACGAACUACAGCAGCCCGAUGGAGGGGCCCUUAGCCUACGCGCAGAUCCCACUGCCCCAACCACUGCCAGUCCCUAACCUCACCUUCACCUUCAACAACCCGGAGCAUUCGUUUGUGCAGACCUUUGCAGGGAGUACUAGCAGCAGCGCCAACCCCAACAUCGGGACCGCCGCCGUCUUCAGUUCCGACAUGAUCUCCCUCGCCUCCGUUUCUCAACCAGGGAAGAUUUACUACAGCCCCCAGUCCUCUUUUAUGUGCGCGAGCACCUCUAAUAGGUACCCAACCACUCCCGGGGUGCUGCCUUCCUACCCUCCAGCCACCAUCAACCCGGGCAAUCCGUUCCCCGGCUUUGGGUGCGCGAAUACCCCGAGUACCUCCUCCCUGAAUACUUUCCAAACCCUGCGAGACCCACCGCAGUUAGGCUCGCGCAAAACAAGCAUAACCUCCCAAAAGGACGAUUCCCAUGGUGAUAUCAACUCCCCCACCUUAACCUUGUCUCUAAACCAAAAGAAGAAUCUGAACGAGGCGUGCUUACGAUUCGGUGAAGUAAUUGAAAGGCUGGAUCACUUCAGAGGGGCGGACCAGGAAAGCGCCGUCUUGACCCCAAACAAUUGCUUGGAGAAACCGGCGGGGGGAACCGUGGAGAGGCAGUUUUCCUCCCUACUUAGUCACGACCUCAACCCCACCGACGUGGUCUGCUGUGAGGACCGCAAACCAUCCCUCAACAUGACUCUCAUCAGUCCCACCUCCUCUGGGAUGAUGUGCUUUCCAUUCUACUCCACUUUGGAUUUGUUGAACGUCCCGCCGAGCAAUGGGGGGGAUUUCGCCGCAUUCCAGACCACAGAGGAGGCUUCUGGCGUCAAGGAGGACGUGAAGACGAAAGAUUGGUCGGUCGGGACGAUGUGGCUAAAUGAACCCUGCCCCACACUAGCGGUCCUCGAUGCGCCCCACGCGGGCCAGACGCAGGACCACGCCAAAGACCCUUCAGCCUUCAUCGCGGAGGACUCGCAGAAGUCCAGUAGGGCGAAUAGUCUUUAG